AUGACGACGCAAGACGAGACCUUCGAGCAAGAAAGUGUAUAUUCGUAUCAGACAGAUGACGAAGAAGACGAAGAAAGCCAAGCCAAGAGCUCCGUUCCGUCAUCUCCUUUAUCUCGUAACGGAUCCAGUAACGAUCCCGUUACCUGGCCUCGGAGUUAUAGACAAUCUAUGGAUAUGUUGACCGGAGUUACACCUCCGAAUAGGACAAGUUUUGUAUCUUCGUUUCGCCAGAGGCGACAAAGCUCUGCUUUCUGUUCCUUUACUUCAUCCCCAAGCAAACAGCAACUUCUCGUCGACAAUGAUGAGAUCCACAACUCUCGUGUAACAUCCAUCAAAUCAUUCAUUGCUUCUCAUCUCAAGCUAUCACUCCCUGAGGAUCUUUCUAUUCCCCAUGAAGGUCGCAGCUGCACGGUCUCUCAAUCCGUUCUCAAUGGAAUCAAUGUUCUAUGUGGAGGAGCUUUACUAACAAUGCCUUACGCAGUAAAAGAAGGAGGGUGGUUAGGGCUUGUAAUACUCUUCGCCUUUGGCAUCAUCACUUUCUACACAGGUAUUCUCCUCAAGAGAUGUCUCGAGAAUUCACCUGGGAUCCACACUUACCCUGACAUCGGUCAAGCGGCUUUCGGCACCACUGGACGCAUCCUCGCCUCUAUACUUCUCUAUGUGGAGUUAUAUGCAACUUGUGUGGAAUACAUAAUCAUGAUGAGUGAUAAUCUAGCAGGGAUGUUUCCAAACACCUCCUUCUACGUCAACGGAGUGUCUCUAGACGCUAAUCAAGUUUUCGCCAUUAGCGCGACUCUUAUUGUUCUUCCGACUGUCUGGCUCAGGGACCUUAGCUUAUUGUCCUAUCUCUCAGCCGGGGGUGUCUUCUCUUCAAUACUGCUUGCACUUUGCCUCUUUUGGGCUGGAACAGUCGACAAUAUUGGAUUUCACCUGAGCGGGAAAGCUCUCGAUUUAACUAACUUACCAUUCGCAAUCGGAAUUUACGGGUUCGGUUUUGGGAGUCACUCUGUUUUCCCAAACAUUUACUCAUCCAUGAAAGAACCUUCCAAGUUUCCUAUGGUUCUUCUCGCCAGUUUCGGUUUUUGCACGGUGUUUUACAUCUCUGUAGCAGUUUGUGGAUACAGCAUGUUUGGUGACGCGAUUCAAUCCCAGUUCACACUCAACAUCCCUCAACAUUUCACCUCAUCGAAAAUUGCAGCCUGGACAGCGCUCGUUACGCCAAUGACGAAAUACGCUUUAACGAUCGCUCCAGUCGUUCUGAGCCUAGAAGAGCUUAUACCGUCUUCGUCGAGAACUAUGAGAUCCAAAGGAGCCUCUACGGUUUUCAGAACCAUCUUAGUUCUCUCUACGUUGGUCGUUGCACUCACAGUUCCAUUCUUCGCUACUGUCGCGGCUCUGAUUGGAUCUUUCAUCGCAAUGCUUAUCGCGUUGAUAUUCCCUUGCCUAUGUUAUCUCAGCAUUAUGAAGGGUAGAUUAACUAACUUCCAAAUCGGAGUUUGUAUUUUCGUCAUAAUCGUCGGCGUUGUCAGCAGUUGCUGCGGGACUUACGCUGCGAUCGCCAGAUCGAGAAAACAGAGGAAGAUGAAACUCGACGAAGAAUUCUUACACGACAGAGACCAUUCGUUUCUGACAGAUGACGAGGAAAAUCAAGCAGAGCUUGCUUGUUCCGACGAUGAACACGACGGAAACGGUGCCGGUCGGAGAGGAGGUUCGAAUUCCGAUUCCUCCUCUCCACUAUCUCGAAACCGUUCCGAUAACAAUCUCUCGGAUGUCUCAAAUACUCCAUGGCCACAAAGUUAUCGGCAAUCAAUGGAUUUGUUGACCGGAAUGACUCCACCUUCGUUGAGUUUCAUGCCUCGAAGCGGUUCCCGGAGAAAUGCCUCUUCCUUCCACAAGAGACAACAAUCUUCAUUUUGCGAUUCGUUUUCUUCUUCCUCAAGCAAACCUCUCCUCUCUCAACCAAUCUCCGACAAAGAAGAGACUAUAUUACCUGUCAAGCCCCCCAAUUUUCCAUCUCAGCUGAAGCUAUCCGUCACCGAUCUUCCUUUACCAGAUUCUAAUCUCUGCUCCUUCUCUCAAUCCGUCCUCAACGGAACCAAUGUUCUGUGUGGACUAGGGUUAAUAACAAUGCCUUAUGCUAUAAAAGAAAGUGGAUGGCUUGGUUUGGUCAUACUCGUGCUCUUUGGAGUCAUCACUUGCUACACAGGUGUUCUCAUGAAGAGAUGUCUAGAAAGCUCUCCUGGUCUUCAAACUUACCCUGAUAUCGGUCAAGCCGCCUUUGGUAUCACCGGUCGCUUUGUCAUCUCCAUCCUUCUCUACGUGGAGUUGUACGCAGCUUGUGUGGAAUACAUAAUCAUGAUGAGCGAUAAUUUAUCAGGACUAUUCCCAAACGUUUCACUGAGCAUUGCUGCAGGGAUUUCUCUAGACUCGGCUCAGAUCUUUGCAAUCUUAACAACUCUUCUUGUUCUUCCGACAGUCUGGCUUAAAGAUCUUAGUUUGCUUUCUUAUCUUUCAGUUGGAGGAGUCUUGGCUUCGAUCUUGCUCGGUCUCUGCCUCUUCUGGGUAGGUGUGGUCGAUGGAAUCGGGUUUCACUCAACAGGAAGACUUUUGGAUCUCAGUAACUUGCCUGUUACGAUAGGGAUAUUUGGGUUUGGUUACUCAGGUCAUUCUGUUUUUCCAAACAUAUAUUCUUCCAUGAAAGAUCCUUCAAAGUUUCCUCUUGUCUUAAUCAUCUGCUUUAGUUUCUGUACGGUCUUAUACAUAGCAGUAGCAACCUGCGGUUACACCAUGUUUGGCGAAGUUGUCCAAUCACAAUUCACGUUAAACAUGCCUAAACACUUCCUAUCAUCUAAAAUUGCGGUUUGGACAGCGGUCGUUACACCGAUGACAAAAUACGCGUUAACAAUCACCCCAAUUGUUUUGAGUCUCGAAGAACUCAUUCCAACGGCUAAGAUGAGAUCGCAUGGUGUAUCGAUAGUCUUCCGAACAAUCCUUGUUACCUCAACCUUAGUCGUGGCUCUUUCCGUUCCUUUCUUCGCGAUUGUGGCUGCACUAAUCGGAUCGUUCCUUGCAAUGCUUGUGGCUCUUAUCAUUCCAUGCCUAUGUUAUCUCAGUAUCCUCAAGGGUAAAUUAAAUAACACACAAAUCGGAUUAUGCGUGUUCAUUAUAAUCUUCGGGGUGGUGAGUGGUUGUUGUGGUACUUACUCGGCUAUCUCAAGAUUAGCCAACCAAUUGACAUGA